AUGGAUCCAGGAGCAGACGCCGACGCAGCCGCCAUGGCCGCCGCCAUGGGCUUCUCAACCUUUGGUGCGCAGGACCGUCCCCAGAAGAAGAGGCGAUAUAACCCGGCCGUGGACACAGUCACGUCGGUCGCGCAGCCUGCGCCCGGUGCCCAAGCUGCUCCAACGGGAUCCAAUUCAACGCCUCUGGGAAACCACAGCAGCGUGUCGAAAGGGGAACCAGGGAACCAAGCAAAUGCAGAUGAGAUCAACCUGGACGACGAGGAAGGACAAGACGAGAGCACACUUCAGAAGCGCUCUGAAGAAACGGCACUCCAGGCACCUCCCCUUCAUCACGGCUUGCCAGCCCGUCCUGCCCCGGGAACAGGCUUCGUCGGAUCACCAGCGCAGUUCCCAGGUCGUCAUGGUGCGUCGCAGGCGGGAGACUCGAGAGUCUGGUACGAGGGCUACUACGACAGCACGUCGAAUGAGAAUCCAUGGGAACGCCUUGAAAGGAGGAUGGGUCUUGAAUCAAUGGGCACUUGGGUUGCCAGACAAGCGCACCCAGCACCCAGUGUUUGA